UUCUUUGAAUACUCAGCCAGCCGUCUCUUCCUCUUAUCCUUUUCCGAGUUUUCAACUUUUCUCUCCUCAUAUAUCUCUCUCUGAUCUCCCCUUUCUCUUUUCCGCUCCCUCUUUAUAGUUCUCCUCAGAAUUCCUCCUCCUUUUCUGGGAGGAGCGCCUUUGACGCUGCUCAGGUCAGUCUGCAUCUGUCUCUCGGUGUCUGCUUCUGGGUUAGAUCUGCGCGUUGUUGGUGCAGAUCUUAGAUAUUUGGUGAAGGACGCCAUGGCUGGCUGCAAGGAGGAGGCGAGGAUGAGGAUGGAGGGAUGUUCGGUGGUGUGUCCCAAGCCUCGUCGAUUGGAUUUGGGGCUCUUUGAUUCCACCUUUCACGAGCACCACCACUUCAGACCCUCCUCCUUUAGAUGGCCCAUCAAUAACAAUCACCGAACCGAGAUCGGAGAUUCAAAAGCAGGGGCGGAGCUUUUGGAUAUCAUUCUCGCCAAGGGAAAUUGUUCUGAGAGGCCCUGCUGCAACCAAGUAGCUUCAUCGCCACCAUUUUUUAGUGGAUCUCCACCAAGUAGGGCUUCAAAUCCUGUAGUCCAAGAUGAGCACUUUGGCAAUGAGAAUAUCACUGCAUUUUCUCCUCUUGCACCACCCUCGCCCUCUGCCCGGAAAGUGAGAGGAUGUGCCCCGAUUUCAUCCGGGCACAAACCCGCUGCAGUUCGAAUCGAAGGCUUUGAUUGCCUCAGCUCUGAUAGGCGAAACCGCAGCAUCUCUGCUGUGGCAUAAGCAAAUAGAGCAGAGGAGAGAUUUUGGGAAGAGAGGUGAGAGCUAAUGUUCUAAUGAAAAUGUUUGUUUGUAUAUACAGAGGUCACUGUUAUGUUUUCCUGUUCUUGUUGGGGUUUUGUGUUAUAAGGUUGAAGGGAGUUGUAUCAUGUAAAUUAUGGUGAAUGGGAGAGACAGUUUUUCAUAUUGAGGAAUAAAAUUAGAGAAAGAGAGUAAUUCCUUUCUCUUUGGUCAAGGUUUUCUUUUUUUCUUUUCUUUUUGGUACCUCAGAAGAAAGAGUUUGAGACUACUCUUGGCCGGCCCUCUUCUCUUGGGAAGUUUCUUUGGAGUCUGUAAUUUUGUCUGUUUUGUCACUCAAAUCCUCUUUGUAAUUGUAAGUUGAAGGAAUUGAGAUGAUGAAAUGUCAUUAGAAUUUUUUGUUUGUU